UCCACGCGGGCAUCAUUUGCAUCUCAUUUGUACAUAUCAUAUAUUAUUAGCCAUUUAAACAUUUGCAUAAGCGAUUUCAUUGCUUCUUAUGUGUCCAGCGUGGCACAAAGCGUGAUAAUCUACCCAGGCGGUGCGGUGUAUUCCGGCGGUUGUGCCUGUUGUUUUUCAGUCUGGAGUCCCAGUGUUAUUUUGGGCGCGUGACGGACGCUGGAAUGCACACGUGAGGUCGCGUGAUUUCACCAUCGCAGUUCAGGCUGGGCACAGACCAGUCCAGUCCACACACAACCGACCAGUUCACCCGUCAGGGAUACACACGUAUGACGAGCUAGAGCUGAGCAAAGCAGCAGACAUACAUGAGUGUAGAAGUUUCCACCGGUGCUGGCGUUGCCGACCCGGCUCUCGCGCUUCGUCUGAACAUGCAAAGAGACAACGAGGCCUACCCGCUACCUCCUCACAAGCGAGUCAAGACGGAAAACAUGUCUUACGACCUCCACGACAGCAUAUCUCCCGUGCACAUGGCCUUCAUGACCGACUCGAGAGGUUUCAGACGAAGAAACAUGCAAGGCACCGAGGAACAACGGGACCUACAUAGAAUCGUGGAGAAGAGAAGACGAGAUCGUAUCAACGACUGCCUGGCCAACAUCCGGGAACUUCUGCCAGAGGAACUUGUCAGACAAAAGUCCUGUGGAAAAGCUGAGAUCCUCGAGCUCACCCUGAUGCACAUGAAGCACCUGCAGAAACAGGUGCAGGCGUACGAGCAGGGCAAGACACCUCCUGCAGCUACACCUGUCAUCCGCCAGGGGGACUUCCUAGCCGGCUACCGGGAAUGCCUUGGGGAGGCCAUCAGAUACAUGUCACAGAGUCCUGUAGAUGGCAUUAGCUGUGAGAAACUAGAGUCCCAUCUUCGGAGACACUGCCAACGCUUGUCUCCCUAUCAAGGCUUUCCUGACACAGAAGAGCCUCCUGGCGGAUUAGCUCGGGAUAGCAUCUCACCCCAACCAGAGCAACAGAUGCACCAGGAGAGACCAAUGCCAGAGGAGCCACAGCCACCCCAGCACCCCCCUCACAUGAUGGACGCCUCCCAACAGACGCCCUCCCCACAGACGGCUCAGUCACAUCACACUGCCGCGGAGGAAGCCUGCCGGUCGCCCGUCAGAGAGCCACCCCGCGAGAGAAGUCCGUCCCGUGACUCCCAGCCACCCCACCCCCCGCUGCCUUACACAGCCUUCCCCCCUGCCCCCUUCAUCCCCAUGCUAGCCCUCCACCCCUCAGGUACUCACUACAUCCCUGUUAACUUCACCCCACCCACAGCCGUCACCCCCCAGGGGGGUCAGCCUGGACAGAACAUGGUCUGCCCCUUCCCGAUGAUGUUCCCCGCCCCCAUGUACCCGGGGGUGUACCCGCCAACCAGCAUGGCCGGCUCCGGCGGCAGACGCAUCGGUGGGAUCCCCGUCAUGCCCCCGUACCAACCCCUCUCCCCUCAACCCUCGUCCGACGAAUCCCCCACCACCACCCCCCGGGAGGAGUACUCUCCCCCCAACCCCAGCGCCCACAUCCGAGCCCAUUCCCAAGUGCCAUCCAACGACCCCCUGAACCUGAGCACCAGAAGCGUGGCGUGUCCAGAGGGCAUGUCCAGAUCUCCGGACCUCCCGCACUCCGUGUACAGACCCAGCCACAACUGGCAAGACGUCAGUCCCCAACAUGGCCACGCCAUGCCUCCCUAGUCCUAACACAUAGGUCUAUGCUGCAACAAUGUGUUGUCCAAACUUGAUGUUACAUUGAAAAUUCUGUAUACCUUGUCGUGUUGCGCACCAUUAUUAAACGGAAUGAAAACAAGUUUAGAUAUUAUAUAGAUAGUUCAGUCAGGUCAUGUUUUGGUCUCUUUUAAGAUUAUACUGUACUGUAGAUUUCUCUUGCAAUUGUUGAGCAGCUAUCUGGUUCUGUUGAACAGUGUUGCCAGUCAAGUAUUGCAUCAUGUCAAUAACUUUUACAGAAGACAACAUUAUGAAGGCUGUAUGGAUUGUUGUGCAAAAAAAAAUACAGACUUAUUUUUCUGAGUACGUCCAAGAAGUACUAUUGUUUUAACAGAAAUUGCUACGAAUUACUAGUGUCAAUAUUAAAAAUGCUGCAUUUUGGACUAUUUUCAGUCCAAAAUGCAGGAGGUUGAAGUAUGUUCAGGGCUUGGUAUGCUUUAAUUGAGGUUAAUGUACAUUUAUUACAAGCACUAAUAAUCUGCACUUAUUUACUCAAGUUGUUGUGAAUAUUACUCAACCUACAAGCCAAGCACAACAGAAUGCAUUUAUUCCUCUCUUUUUUUUUUCUGUCAAAUCUACCCUGUGGUUGAACUGCAUUCAAUUUGUUUUUUCCCUUGGUGACAUUCUGUCUUGUUUCUGGAUGACUUCUAGUUUAAAAAGAAACUAACUUACACAAGUAUGUAACUUUAGUGUUACAGAAGUUGUAUUUCUCUGGAAUGUGGAUCUUUUUUUUUUCUUACUCUAAGAGCCCCAAAGAGCCGUACAGGAAGAUAAGAAGGAUUAUUACAUAUACUUGAAAACUAAUGUAUGCUUUAAUGUAUACUAGUACUAUGUAGGUUUGGGAAAACAUGCUACAUGUGUACAAACUUUCUCCGGUGAUAUACUGAUGGCAAUGUAUUGAAAACUUGAUAUCUUUUAUUCUUGGAUCAGAUUGGAUAUAUGUUGAAUAUUAAUGGUAUGAACAUGAGUAACACAAUACAAUGGUUGAGCUUCAGACACUGUGCAGGUAUAUUUUUUGCACUUAGUUUAAUGUCCGAGCCACCAAAGUUGGUCAGUAAAUAGAGAACUUGAUACUUAUCAUUCUUUCUUAUUGAUGGUUCUACUAGUACCACAAUCUGUUUGUUGGUUUGUUAACGUUCUAGUUAAUAUUAUAUAUAUGUUAUAGACUUGGACACUUAUAUUUCACUUUGAGGAAAGUUACUAUAUGAUGCCUGUGGAAAGAAAAUUACAUUCUGUUUAGUACAAAUGUGAAGUAAAUAGUGAAUAUUUUGAUGGAUGGAAAAAAUUAUCAUAGUGCACUGAUCAAAGAUGGACAAGACAGAUUCCAUCUUACAUUGUAUGUUUUUUUAGGAAGCAAGAAAUUGCUGUUAGAAAAAAGACAUGCAAAUAGACCUUGUUACAUGUUCCAAUAUCCAAGAAAUUCAAUACAUUGAUAUAGUGUUGUCUAAGAUACUUAUAAGGCUGAUGUACAGUAUAUAGCUGCUGCACAUAUCUGAUGUUUCACAGGAAGGCCUACAGAUAUAAGAAAGCACUUUUCUCUUUCUAUGUGUUGUACAGAUCCGUGGAUGCUCACUAUUUUUGAGAACAGUUGAUACGGCUAUUUUCAAUGAAUAAAUGGGAAGAUAAUGAUUAUCUGAACAUAA